AUGCUGUUGCAAAAGGUUUCUGAGGUGUCUUUUCUGAAAGCUCUUCUGCUUUGAUUCCACUCUAGAGCUGUCUCUUUAUAAACUCCUCUCCUUACCACCACCACCCCCACCCAAAACCUGGUGUGCUCAUUCUUUUAAUUUCUUUGAUUCUCAGUUUUUCAUAGUCAAUUUCCCUCAUCCUGAUUUUGCAGCAAUUUUUUUUUUACAAUUGUAACAUCCUUACCAACCAUAAUCUUUAAAGCCAAGAAAUAGGGAGAAAAACUUUUCUCCCCCUGAACUGAGACCAUUUCACAAAUUGAAGGGCAGCCAACAGCAUAUGCUUUUUGCCAAAAUAAUUGAAAACAUCAACUGGAGAGCACAUAAUUCUUUUGAAAGUCCACCAGUUAUUUGAAGUAACUUUGGCAGAAGAACAAAAUAAAACACUCAAUAUUUUAACCUUUAUGGUUGCCUUCUUAGAAGUUGGUUUCUAAUUUGGUUUUUAGUUAUUCUGAUACAAUUUUUAUUGUAUGAUUGGCUUUUUGUUUGACUAGACCUAAUUUGACUUCAAUGCAAACCUAAGUGCUAACGAAGAAAUAUUUCACCAAAGCAAUCUGUGAUCUCUUUACAUUUAGCUUGAAUUCAUUUUUAAUAUUUUAACAACAGCAGUAAUACUGUCUUAGAGAGGGUGCACUUGAUUUUAUUUUGCUUUCAAUAUGACGGCUGUCAAUGUUGCCCUGGUUCGUGAUACCAAGUGGCUGACUUUAGAAGUCUGUAGAGAAUUUCAGAGAGGAACCUGUUCUCGAGCUGAUGCAGACUGCAAGUUUGCCCAUCCACCAAGAGAUUGCCAUGUGGAAAAUGGCCGUGUGGUGGCUUGUUUUGAUUCUUUAAAGGGUCGAUGUGCUAGAGAGAAUUGCAAGUACCUUCACCCUCCUCCACACUUAAAAACGCAGCUGGAAAUUAAUGGACGGAACAAUCUGAUUCAACAAAAGACUGCCGCAGCCAUGUUUGCCCAGCAGAUGCAGUUUAUGCUCCAAAAUGCUCAAAUGUCAUCACUUACUGCCUUUCCUAUGACUCCAUCACUUGCAGCUAAUCCUACCAUGGCUUUCAAUCCUUACUUAACUCAUCCUGGGAUGGGCCUGGUUCCUGCUGAACUUUUACCAAACACACCUCUUCUGUUUUCUGGAAACCCACCUCUCGCAUUGCCAGGAGCUGCUGGUCCAAAACCGAUGCGUUCAGAUAAACUGGAGGUUUGCCGAGAAUUUCAGCGUGGAAAUUGUACACGUGGUGAGAACGAUUGUCGCUACGCUCAUCCUACUGAUGUUUCUAUGAUUGAGGCAAGUGAUAAUACUGUGACCAUCUGCAUGGAUUACAUCAAAGGCCGAUGCUCCCGGGAGAAAUGCAAGUACUUUCAUCCUCCCACACACUUGCAAGCCAAACUCAAGGCAGCUCAUCACCAGAUGAACCACUCAGCUGCCACCGGGAUGGCCCUACAGCCUGGUGCAUUUCAACUGAUACCAAAGAGAUCGGCACUUGAAAAGACUAAUGGUGCCAUCCCGCUCUUUAAUCCCAGUGUUUUCCACUGCCAACAGGCUCUGACUAACCUGCAGCUCCCGCAGCCAGCCUUUAUCCCUACAGGGCAAAUACUGUGCAUGGCACCUCCUUCAAGUAUUGUGCCCAUGAUGCACGGUGCUACACCUACCACUGUGUCUGCAGCAACAACACCUGCCACCAGUGUUCCAUUCGCUGCAACAGCUACAGGCAAUCAGGUAUUUACAAGCAGAGUCACAAGGAAAAUUAGAAAUUUGGGGGGAGUCUUGAAACUAUACCAGCAUUAUCAAUAGAUGAACUGAACAGUAGCAUGUUUGUUUCACAGAUGUAGAAGUUACCAAUAGAACAUUGAAAUUCUGAACAACAGAGUUAUGGAGUAUCAGAAUCUUUCCAUGAGAACCUCCAUAUGGCCUUUCUAUAUGUAGUAUUGUAUGACCUCUUCUACCAACACAACAAUAAGCAUGAUGCAGUCAAUAUAUUAAACAACCAAAAAUACCAGCCAACAAAUUAAAAAGAAAGCAUUAAACAAUCAAUGGAGAUGUCAAAACAAAACAUGAAUAGAAAACGAACUACCAUCUAUCUUAUUUGAAUUAUUAGGUAGAACACUACUAUAAAAUUUUGUAAUUUGUCACACUGUUCUUUGUGAUUUUCUAAUAACUAUUAGGCUGAGUAAAUCGUCACAGUGGAUUUUUGGUUUACUGUGCAUUCUUGGUGGGUAAUGUUCAUCUGUUUUGAAGUGCUGUUACCUUACUGUUUUGUUUACACAGUAGCCUAUUAGGUUGAUUUAAAAGGUAAAAAUUAUACCAAAUACCAUUUUCCUCAUUAAUGUAUUGUACUGUAUUGUGGUAUAUUGUGUUGUGUUAGAUUUUUACAUACUACAGAGUUUUGCUGUAAUAUCUGUGGUCUUUGGUUUCAACUAAAAUGUUACUGAUGGGAAACAGAAAUAUGUGUGCUUAAAAAAUAUGACAGGCUAAUGUUAAUAUGCUUUCUCUGUUUAGAAUAUUUCUGUAGGUUUCUUGGGGCAGACAUUUUAAAAGCCUUAUUUUUGAGUGUUCACAAAACCUGUUCAUAAACAUGCAUGUGAAUAAUUUAUACCUGCAGAUCUGACCUUGCAUAAUAUGAUCACAUUAGUACAUUAUUUGUGAGAGAGACAUAAUUACCUGCAAAAAACAAACAAAACAAAACAAGAAAAACAGGGAACUGCUUAAAACAUUAACCCCUAAUUUCACUCUUUAAAUGGCUUAUAAAACUAGAAUUUACCUUUAAAUGAAUCUUUCAGCAUUUAUAUUAAAAAAUAUGUAAAGUGCCCAUUACAUGUUUUAUGGUUCAAGGAUCCUAUCUCCUAGGUUGAUUGUCUAAAACAGCCAUUUGUCAUCUUCAGUUGAAAAAUUGGUACUUGGAGACUUAAAGAUAUGCUAAUUACAGGUAAUAAAUUAAACGGGGAUAUGGGGACAUGGAGAUACUUUUUACACAUUGGAGAAAAGCCUGUAAAAAUCAUUGGAUUGCUACCUUUUACACAAGAGCCAUUUCUGAAUGCAAAUGUCUUAUGUUCUUUAUAAUAAGUAAGGUGCAAUCUAGUGAAAGUCUGUCAGGGUGAAAGAGAAUUAGUUCCAAGUGAGGCCUUUCCUCCCCAAAUGGACAAUCUUUUCUAUUGAUCACAGUUGGAACCUGAGUAUAGGAUUAGAGAAAUGGCGGGGGUGGGAAGGACGAUGGAAAGACAUUUAAAAUUAUUCUUUGAUUUAUUUAAAAGUUCUAGGAAGGAUGUCCACAGUUGGCUAGUUCAGCUGAGUUUUCAGUUUUAUUAAACACUUCAGUGAAGUAGCAGUAGCCUGUGAUAUAUGUUAAGUGUUGCUUUCCCCAAACUUUAUUAACAAGAGUCUCUCUCAUCAAAACCAAUAUUGAUUUGGAUUCGUUUGUUUUUAUAUGUAUUUGAAAAUUAUAACAGAGAGAUGUUUAAGACCCUUUGGAUGAGACAGAGAGGCUGCACCCCACAGACCUGAACUGAAUUCACAUUACUAAUUUUUAUGAAAUAAAUUUAUAACCAAGUAAAAUAGUAAUUAAUUCCUGUUAUAUGAUAUGCCUCAUCCACCUUACUCACUUAUUAAAGUUACUAUUAUUAUACAGUAGUGGAACCAUAUGAUAUUUUACAUCAACUUAGAUUUAAUGUUUUCUAGUUCAUGAAAAUGACAAAGAAAAUCUGAUUUAGGAUACCUUAAGCAGGCUAGUAGUGUUUGAAUCACAGAUCAAUGGAGUUGGUAAAACCUUUUCACAGAAGAUGAAACUGAGGCCCAGGGCAUCUCAUUGGCCAUUACUGUGCUCAGUUGGGCACAGUCGGACACCAAUAUCUCCAGGCUCCCAGUUGUUCCUCUGUUUCACAUUGUUUGUACUUCAGGACAUUUGAGACUCCAUCCCAAAGCUGAUCAAAUUGGCUCAGAAUACAAAAGAGUAAAAUGAGCUCUUUAAUAGUUGAUAUCCUGUUGAUCUUAAUUAUCAAUCCAAAUCAUGAUCAUCAGUGAUAUCUAAAUGGUAUUGCUUAUAUGGAGCCAUCGCCAUUUAUUUACAGUAUUGCCUGGAGUUAAAGAAAAAGAGGUGUUCUGACUUUUACCUAUUGAUUCUUUGAACCACUUAAUUUCUUUUUCCUCAAAUCUUAACAUUGAUAGAGAAGAAAGUAGAGUACACCUUUGUGAAAUUGCAUGUGUUUGGAACUGAGUUUUGUGAAACCUAUGUCAGUGCCUCCCCAGAAGGGUAGAUCUGAUCACAGGACUCCAGGAAGGAUGCACCUAAGCUAGUCUGGAUGUAUUCCUAAAGGGGAUAGAGAUGUUUCAGGGUAAAAUGAACUUUUUUGUGUAGUUUGAUAUUUUUGAUGCAACAUGCUGUCUCAUUUAACUUUUUAAACUUCUGAUGAAGAUGUGCAUAGACAGCAAACCUAGAGUACAGUUGUUUUCAUGUUGCUUUAAGCACUGGACGACAUUAAUAAAGACUUAUUUUUUAGUAAGAGGUUUGGUGAGAAAUAUUCAGGGUAGUUGAAUUUUGGGUGCCACAAUUUUUUAUGUUGUUGGCAUUUUAAAAAUUGUUUUAUAAAUGAAUUUAAAGAAAGAAAAGUCAAAGCACUAAUGUUUUGAUACAUGUGCAAAAGAAUUUUGACAUGAUACUAUUUUAAGAUAACAUGUUUUAAAUUAGUUGUGCAAUGACUUGUGCAACAUCUUUAUUCAAGAAAAGAAAAGAUUAGUCAUUAGACUAUAAAUUUUCAGAUAAAAAGAGAAGUCACAAAAUCAGUGACUCUAAACAGUAAUUUACUGAAUGAAUUGUAUAUAUAAAAUUCUAAUCACUUGUGAUUCUUAGGUAAGAUUUUAUAAGCUUUGUAAUUUACAAGGGCCUCUAUUUUUAAUUAUCCAAAAUUGUAUUUGUUCAUUUCUCUCAGCCUUUUGCAAAAAUAUGCAAUAGUGCUGACACUUGGACAAAAUAAGUCAUGUAUACAGAUAAAAUAAUCUAAAAAUUAUCUUUUAAGAGGGUUUUAGUAGUGUCAACUUUUUAUAAAAAGCACUGUGACCAUGAGUAUAAUUUAAAGAGAUUAAGAUGACAUCAAAAUUAAAUGGAUUCAUAAAAUUGGUAUUUAAAUACAGUAUUUUCUUUUGCAAUCGGAGCAUGACUCUGUAACCAGCUAUUGCAUUUUAUUUCACUUGUCUAGAUUAGUCUUUAAUUUGUAGUUGAUUGUGAUGUGAAAAGCCAUCUUCUCCCUAGUCCAUCAAUCUUCUCCAUCCAUUUUUUAACAUGUUUUAAAGUACUUUGAUUUUGCCGGAAGUGUUGUCCUACAUCACUGGGCUGUGUUCACUAGUUGGUAGUCUCACCAGCUCUGAAAUUGGGAAAAAGCAAGUACCUCCUCACUACCAUCAGUAGGAACCAAAUAAAAUUAACCUUUACAACGUGAAUCAGUUUUACAGGAUAGUCCAGUAAGCAUAGUAAUGCCCGAAUAAGGAAAACAUUGACAUUAAAUUGUAUUAAAUAAUAUGUAAAGAAGGCCUAUUGCUACUUGGAAUGUUAUUGGGUUCCUUUUCCAUGCCUUUGGAGAGAGUAGAUGAGGAUGCUCUUAGGUAAAUGCAGCCACAAGGUUUUCGAGUUAUUGUAAUCUCUAGGAUAGGUUGUUUUGCACAGAACUAUUAGAAACUGGAAUCCUCUUUUAUUUUUUAACUCUUCUACAUUUCACACACAUUGAAAUAGAAAUAGGGAAAUAUGAUUUCCCAAUUCUGUUGAAUAGAUUUAGAGAGAUAGUGGCCUAUUUUUAAUUUUACUAGUGCCUGUUAAAAGUAAUAGAAUAAAUAGUAUGUAAAAGGGUAUAACUUUUUUACAAAUUUAGUUGAUAACCUAAUCAAACUGUAAAUAUGACAAAUUAAGGUUCUUAGCACCAGCUCACUAAUUGGUGCCAUGUUUUCAUUUUUCUUGUUAGUUUUUAAGGUUUUGAUUUUAUUACUUUUUAUAUUGCUAAGUGACUAAUGAAUUUACUUUUGAAGGAGAAUUAGAGAAAGUUUAAGAUUUUACUACAUGUGUUCAACCUUCUUAGAUAGGUUCUAAACUGACACUGAAGCAUAACAAGAUAUAGAUUAUAAUCCAUAACUAUUCUUUACAGUUCACAGUUUAAGAACAAACUUUAUAUACAAAUAAUAAUUUUAACUAAUUAUAUUUAGUUGCUUUAGCAACAAACCUACAACAUGGCUACCUUUAGACACCUUUUUGGUGAAAAUUUUAUUUGUAAACUAUACAUGGUUUUUGACAGUAUGAGCAUGUAGAAGAUACAUCUCAAAUCUCAAAAAACAUAUAUGGUUGAUUUUCUUUUUGUCCAAAAUUCCCAUUUGAAAGCUGAAUUUGUGUCCUUGUGUGACUUUUUUUUAUCAAAAAGUUUACAAGUCAUGGAUUCUAAAAUCAAGCUUUAUAGCUUAUAGAAUUUGUUGUGUGUGUAGGGUUUUAUUCCACAGUAUUUGGACUUCAAAACAAAAUUGUGGUAUUUAUGUUACCUGACCUUUUUUCAUAACUUCAUUUAUUUAAAAUUAUUCAAGUGGCAUAGCUGUAACUGCAGAAAUUCUCUUUUCUGGAAUUACAUACUUACACAAAUAUAUCCAAAUGAGGAUUAAAGAAUGAUAAAAGCAUACUAUGAAAUUAAUUCACUUGCAAAAACAUGCAUAAAGAUACUGUGGAAUGACCCUUUAACAGUGUUGAAGAGACAUAUGCUGCAGUUAACUGACUGCCUCAGUUAGGGUGCGAAUGUGUGAGACACACCUUUUUUGCACUUAUGUACAUAGUCCAUGAAAGCAAUCCUUGGAGGUUUUUUUUAAAUAUAAGAAGUCUGUGAGAAUAGUGGAAAAGUUAGUAAGAGAGAGUUAUUUCUAAGGCUUUGAGAGAGAGAGAGAUGUUGCUUUGCUGUUGUGAAGGCUUUCUAGUUUGUUCCAGCUGACCAAAAGAGUAGACUGGUAACAGGUAGCAGCUCAACUUCAGCUAGCAGCACUGAACAGGAGUUAAAGUACUUCACCUUUUAGCAAGAUCACUAGCAGAAAUUGUUUGCUUUUUAAAUUAAUCCUCACUGUAAACACACACACACACAUACACACACACACACACACACACACACGCAGGUUUCUAGCUGAGUAUUUUUCCCCCCAAUGGUUGCAAGUAGUGAAAUACCCUGUAAAUUCCAAAAUGGAUAUUCCCAUUAUGAUCAAAUUAGAUUACAUCUUUCACAUAAAAUUAUCAAUUUAUAUAUAUAUAUACACAUAUACAUAUAUAUGCUAAUAUCUAUUUAAGUGACAAUCAAUAGUUAACAUCUACCACUAAUUCCCCUUUAAGAUCCAGGACCCAAAACCAAAUUGGCAACCAUCGAAAGAUUUAAUUUAACAGUUAAGUAUGGCCAGUAUGCGGCAUUUCAUUCACUUCAACAAAGGAAAAAAUGCUCCUGGUACAACUUUAUAAAUUGCUUUAUUUGCCUUAUACCUGAUCAGUGGAAGCUGUUUUCUGACUUAACCUUUACCAAAUUAGAAAGUACUCCAGAGUGCCACUUCAGCCUCACACUGUUUUAACUAAACAGGAGAGAAUCAGCAAAAAGCUUACAUACAUAGGAGCUGGAAAAGAAUUUUUCAAUCAAACUAUCUUUGCCAAUUUUAGCUCCCACAUCAUAUCCAGGUCACCAUUUAAUUUCUUGUUGCCUCUAAGCAAUGAGGUCCAUGAAAGGUCAAGGUUAUAAAGGAUUAAGGAGAGAUCACCACAGGUACUUUGAGUCCUUCACAUCUUGGGACUUGUUGCCCUUGCCCUAGAGAAGGAGCCCAUCCUGGGGGUGAGGGAGUUAUUAAUAUUGCUACCCAUUUUGAUAGUUCUCACAGGGACAGGAAAAUAAGCCAAAGCUAGAAAGCAAUCCAAGCCUUACAGUUGUCCAAUAACUCAGGGCCGGUUGAUUAGAAAUCUAUUUUUGUCCCUUCAGCCCAUAUCCUUAGAGUCAACCUAUAACUAACAGCCUGACUAUCUGACCAGCAUUUUCAUGAUAUAAAAUGUAAGCAUUCACUUAUUCUGCAUUUAAGAACUUCAACUUCAACCUUAUCACCAACAUAUUUUCCAACAUUUCCUUGUGAGUGUAUAGCCACGAGAAUAUAUUUUCAUGAAGUCAAUAGAAAUAUAGUAAGAUUUUCAGUCAGGAAAAACAAUCAAUAAAAUAGUAAGAAUGAACCUAGAAACAUCACAAAAGAUACCAAAUUAACUUCUGGCAUGUUGUGCCUGAUGACAGCCACUGAGUCACACUCUUUGGCACUUAAACAGAGUAGCUGUGUUUAAAGAAGUAAAAGUAGAGAAUGAAGUCUAACAGAAUGUGAAUAACUUGAGGCCAAAAGAGGACCUCUGUCAUUAAGACUGGGAAAAGGUUUAGUUGGCUAAUUCAUAUACUUUCCAGCCUCUCUACUUGUCCUUGCCUUUAAGAGAACUACCCAUUUAAUAAUCUGAAACAGGAUUAUUCCAGAGAAAUGUUAACUUUAAGUAGAACCCAUCCUCAAUUAUAGUGCUAGACCUAAAAGAAAAAUAAUGUAUCACUUUGAAGUAAAUCACAGCUAUUCGCAGAUAUUGCAAAAAUCCUCACUAGUCAUCUUCUACAUCAUAUUUUACUUUAAUAACAUAAAUACCUCUGUAACAAGACCUAAAAGUAGCCCAGUUUUAAGCAGUGCUAUUUUCCCCCCGAAACACAGAACCUAAAUGUUUGUCUGUCAUAGAACUGCAUGAUUUCAAAGUUUUAUUUCUGUAUACUGAUGCUAUUUUUUUAGUGAUGAAAACACAAUUAUUUUGUUGCUGGCUUUUGUGUCUAGCGGUUGAGAGAAUGAUAUAACUAUCAUAUCAUUGGAUUCUGGAGUUGCCCCUUUCAAAAUAAACUUCCCUUUAUUGCUUUUGCUUCUGCAUUAUUAGAAAAUGAACUUUUAUUAUUAUGUCCACUAAUUACAGUACUUUAAAUUAAGAUAUUUUAAUAUGUUCUUAAAUGUAUUUUUGAGGGCCAACUCUCCACAUUUUUAUAACAACAAUCCAGUAUAAUGUAGAAAAUGGAAACAUGUAUUUUGGGUAGAAAAUGUCAAUUUAAAAAUACCUAUAGAUAAGAAAAUUAUUAGCCCUGUGCAACAAUUAUAGAUUUUGACCAACAUUUCAAAAAUAUAAACGUCCCAUAAUAUUUUAGGUCAUAAUAUGAGCUAAAAUGCAAUAGCUCAUUCUCUCAACUGCUAUCAAUAGGGCACCUAGAUGCUUUGAUUUUUAUGUUUUUUCCGAUUUUUAGUGCUGAACUGCUUUUUGUGUUUAAAAGUGUGCAUUAUGCAACUCAUUUUAGUAUGCUAUUUCUAUGUUCAUUUUUUUGGUCUUUUAAUAAAAUGUUAAAUUUCUUG